CUUCCACGGGCUGUUCUCUCAGGAGUUGGCGCGACGUGCCCUUUGGACUCCAUUUGAGCCCUAACCCCUCUCUGAUUCAAGGUUACCGCAGUUUGACUCACGAGCCACCCAGAGGUUUGGCCUAAACCGAGCAGUAGGCCAACUGGGUUCCUGGUGCUCUCUGGGUCACAUCUCCUUAGGACACAGAUGUGUGUGCACAGAGUUUUUGGAGACUGCUCUUGGGAUGAACACUUGUGAUGACAAAGUGAAGGAAGGAGAAUUGGACAAAAAACAGCAGCUGAAUUCAACAAUGUGCUGCAUGGAAUUCCUCAUCAACUGGGAAUUAAGGCUUUUUAAAAGCCAGCUUUAAAAUUCUUCUCUUUUAAUUGGAUAAGCAUUUGUUGAGACACUGUUAUGCAGUUACCAUUAUCCUGAUCUGAGAAGAAUUUAUGGUAGGAUUUGUAUGAAAAACUGAAGAACGACGAAAAAUUAAAAAGAAUAAUGGAAUAAUCAAGGGCUAAUAAAGGACAUGAAAAGAUUUGUGGAAAACAGAGUCUUUGGGAAAACCUUAUGGAGAGAGAUGGUUGAUUGACAAAUGAAGGCACUACAGACAGAGAAGACAUCUUGAGUCAUGGCUUUGGAGCAGGUAACAUCUAAAGGGACUAGUUUAAAUCCUAAUGCCAAAGUAUGGCAAGAAGUUCCUCCAGGAAAUCCUGAUGCUACUUCUGUGACUCAUGGAACGGAAAGCUCUUGGCAUGAAACAGCAGCCACAUCAGGAUCGCAUCCUGAGGGUAAUACAGAGCUUUCAGAGGAUAUGUGUAAGGAAUAUGAAGUAAUGUAUUCUACAUCUUGUGAAACUGCAAGAAACACUACAGGCAUUGAAGAAUCAACUGAAGGAAUGAUUUUAGGACCUGAAGAUCUCAGUUACCAAAUAUAUGACGUUUCUGGAGAAAGUUCAGCAAUUUCUACAGAAGACCUAAAAGAAUGUCUGAGAAAACAACUAGAAUUCUGUUUCUCACGAGAAAAUUUGUCGAAGGAUCUUUACUUGAUAUCUCAAAUGGAUAGUGAUCAGUUCAUCCCAAUUUGGACAGUUGCCAACAUGGAAGAAAUAAAAAAGUUGACCACAGAUCUUGAUUUAAUUCUUGAAGUGUUGAGAUCUUCUCCUAUGGUACAAGUUGAUGAGAAGGGUGAGAAGGUGAGACCAAGUCAUAAGCGUUGUAUCGUAAUUCUCAGAGAGAUUCCUGAAACAACACCAGUAGAGGAAGUGAAAUCAUUGUUUAAAAGUGAAAACUGCCCCAAAGUGAUAAGCUGUGAAUUUGCACAUAAUAGCAACUGGUAUGUCACGUUCCAGUCUGACACAGAUGCACAACAGGCUUUUAAAUAUUUAAGAGAAGAAGUUAAAACAUUUCAGGGCAAGCCAGUCAUGGCAAGGAUAAAAGCCAUCAACACGUUUUUUGCUAAAAAUGGUUACAGGCUAAUGGAUUCAAGUAUGUAUAGUCAGCCCAUCCAGACUCAAGCCCAGUUUCCCUCACCAGUGUUUAUGCAACCUGUAUAUAGUCCCCACCAACAGUACUCCAUCUAUAGUCUUGUGCCUCAGUCUUGGUCUCCAAGUCCUGCACCUUACUUUGAAACACCACUGGCUCCCUUUCCCAAUGGCAGUUUUGUGAACGGCUUUAAUUCACCAGGAUCAUAUAAAACAAGUGCUGCUGCUAUGAAUAUGGGUCGACCAUUCCAAAAAAAUCGUGUGAAGCCUCAUUUUAGAUCAUCCAGUGGUUCAGAACACUCAGCAGAGGGCUCUGUGUCUUUGGGGGAUGGACCAUUGAACAGAUCUAGUUCAAGAAACUUUCUACCUGAACGACAUAACCCUACAGUCACAGGGAAUCAAGAACAAACUUACUUUCCAAAGGAGACUCCCAUUUUACAGAUGGAACAGAAUGGGGACUAUGGUAGGGGCAGGAGAACACUCUUCAGAGGUCGUAGAAGACGGGAAGACGACAGGAUUCCUAGACCUCAUCCUUCAGCUGAAACAAAAGCUUCAACACCAAAGUUUGACUUACUAGCUUCAAAUUUUCCUCCAUUGCCUGGAAGUUCAUCAAGAAUGCCUGGUGAACUUGUUUUGGAGAAUAGAAUGUCUGAUGUUGUUAAAGGUGUCUACAAAGAAAAGGACAAUGAAGACUUGAGAGUUGGUUGCCCAGUACCUGCAGAAGAUGAACAGACAGACUGCACUUCAACCCAGCAACUCAGUAUAAGUAACAGUCCUCCAUGUACAACUGAACUUCCUGUGUUAAGCACAACUAAGCAAGAGAAGGAUCUGAUAGAAGAUUCCACUGUUCAGAAAGAUGUUCUCAAUCAGGUGACUGUACCAGUUUCUUCCCCAAGUACUGCAAAACCAUCAAGGGCAAACACUGCUUCACCUUGCAAUAGUAGCACAAAUGUACCCGUAGCUGUGGCCCUACAGGAACCCAGAAAGUUAAGUUAUGCUGAAGUGUGCCAAAAGCCACCUAAAGAGCCAUCUCCAGUUCUUGUACAGCCACUACGGGAACUUCGCUCUAAUGUAGUGUCUCCCACCAAAAAUGAAGAGAAUGGAGCCCCUGAGAAGUUGGUUGAGAAACCACAUGAGAAAUCAGAAGCAAGGGCUAGUAAAGAUUAUCCUGGCUUCCGAGGCAAUACCAUUUCCAGGGGAGCAGCUGGAAAAAUCAGGGAACAGAGACGCCAGUUUAGCCAUAGGGCUAUACCUCAGGGAGUGACUCGACGUAAUGGCAAAGAGCAAUAUGUGCCACCCAGAUCACCAAAGUAAAACAAGCAAACAAACAAACACAAAAAAGCAACUAUUCAGAAACUUUCUCUCUUCCCAUUAAACUUGAGCCGUGGCUAUAUUGAACUGUUUGGAGGAGAGGAGGUAGCCAGGAAGGAAACUGAAAGUAUGUCCUUAAAUCAUUAUGGAUUUUGGAAUUGUGAGUAGUAGGAUCCCAAAAUUCAUCUCUAAAGUGAUUUUAAAAUGCUGGAGGAUUCCAAUCAAUAUAAAUAUAUAUAUAUAAAUACAUAUAUAUAUAUAUAUAUAUACUCAUAGAUAAAAUAUAAUUUUCUAUUUUUGUUUUGAUUUUAAUUUGCAGAGGUUGUUCUGCCUAGAAUCAAUUUUGAGGGUUCGGAUUUAGCUUGGGGGAAACAAAAACAUCCUUCAGUAUAGGAGAUGAGGGAGUGAGAGAAAAUAUUUUUUGAAGAAGCAUUUCUGUAAAAAUUAGAAAUUACUUUUUUAAAUCUAUUUCAAGUUUGGCUUGGAGAAUGCCAUCUCUGAGUAUAUGGCCUUGUGUUGUAAAGCAGAUCAGUGGCUGGGGUGACUGUUGUGGGUAUGAGUGUAUACUAGAGUGAUUUAAGCCAAAUCUGUUGUCAUGUUAGUAAAUGAUUUGAAACUGAAUGUAAUACUUGAGUAGAUUUUUUUUUCUAGUUUGAAAUUUAGUUUUUGAAUUUACUAAUACUACAUUCAAAAAGCUGUUAAGCUGUGAUUGUACUUGGAGAUGUGACUACCAAUCAGUUUGAUACUCAAGAAAAGAAUGGGGGUUAUUU